GCCGCGCGUGGUGUGGAGGAGGGUCGCGAGCGACACAGUUUAUUGGAAAAUGUCGAACUCUUGCAAAUAGAUAAGUCAUUGAGUUAACCAAAUGUGACAGACUUUUCCCUUACUUUUGAGCUAUACGCACAAGUGCCUACGAUGGCUUUGUAGCAGUUGAAAACGGGGGAAAUGUCUACAUUGCUAAUAUAACGUUAACUUAUGUUAUUUUACCAUGUGCGUUCACUUUAUAACGUUAAGUUAAGCAAGAAAUAUAUAGAAGCUAGCUGCUAGGCUUCGAACUUGAAUUUCGGUGGCGGUCAUGGCUGGUGGUUAACUUGUCUACGAAUGUACUGUAGAUUGUCUUUCCUAACUGUUGACUGUCUACGUUAGGCCUAUUAGAAAUUAUCUGCCUACACGAACGUUACCUAGAUAUCUAUCGCUAGCUAACUUAGCCAUCGUCUACUUACUAGACUCUCAGCAUCCGCCAGCUGCAUAGCAGCAGGAAGACGGAGGAAUCAUGGCGGAGAUGCAGUCUCAAACCAAAACGGCGGGUCCGAAAUUGUGUCAAUCAAACAAUUCUUCCGAACUGUUAGCCAGUUCUCAGAGAAGUAUGAGAGUUUUUGAUUGCCGUCCUGAGAGUAAGCAAGUCACCGAGCAAGUCGUGGAGGCCACAGGCAAAAAUUUGGAAGUGUUCCUUCAGGAUGUAUCAAAGGCAUUUUCCGUAUCUGGCAAGGAAACCUUUGUGUUGACGACAACUGACAGGCGGGUUAUUGAUGACGGCAUAUUUGAUGAACUUGAAGAUGGAAUCACACUUCAGCUGCUGCGCACUGCAGACCAGGAGUUGCCAGCAGCAACCCAGGAGCGUAUUAAAUACGUGCCCCACUACUACACGCUGGUGCAGAGUGGCAUGUACGAGUAUUACGCCAGCGAGGGACAGAAGUCACUGCCUUACGCCUUUGCAGAGCUUGUCGACAAUUCCUUGUCAGCCACAGCCAGCAAAGAAGGACUCCGGACUAUUGAAAUUCGUCUGUUGUUUGAUGAAAGCCAGGGUAAACAUGCAGCAGUGGUACUGGAUAAUGGCUGCGGUAUGACCUCAAAGCAGCUGAAUAACUGGGCUGUGUACAGACUGUCCAAGUUCAACCGGGACAACACCACAUUUCACAGUGAUCAUUCGGGGUAUGUGCGGCCUCCUCCGGUCCCUCGGAGUCUCAACAGUGACAUCUCGUUCUUUGGUGUUGGUGGGAAGCAAGCAGUGUUCUACAUUGGACAGUCUGCACGGAUAAUCACCAAGCCAGCAGCCUCCCCCGAUGUGCAUGAGUUUGUCAUGUCCAAAGAGGACUUUGAGCGGAAGGAAAAAAACAAGGAGGACAUUUAUUGUGGCGUCAUCAGGAACAGAAAGCCUGGCGACUGUGCCCAUAUUGUGUCGGAGGAGGAGCUCUUCCUGCAGGCCCUUAUUGCGGAGGAGGAAGGCAAGGAGAGUUUCACUGCAGUGGUCAUCACUGGUAUCCAGUCAGACCACAUCACCUACCUCAAGCAGCAUUUUGAUCUGUGGACCAGAGAGUUGGCCCACAUUUAUCAUUAUUAUGUACAUGGCAUCCAUGGAAAUGAUAUGAGACAGUCUGCUAAGAAUGUUGAAAAAGAGUCAAAUGUUGACAUCAAGAUCUCUCUGGUGGAGAAGUCUGGUAAGCAGUCACGUCGUGUGAACCUGCGCGACGUAGACUACGACAUGCAGACGCUCUACAUCAAUUCCACCUCGGCCUCCUUUGAGUUCCGCGCCCAGGCCCAGGGAGAGGCCACUGUGGAGGGGCUCAUCCGGUACCACCCGUUCCUGUACGACCGGGAGACCUACCCCCAGGACCCCUACGCCAGCCCAGGCCCAGCCGAUGAAGAAGACGAUGAAUGUUUAGUGUUGAAUCCAGUGGGACGGGGCAAGAGGCCUAUUUUUGAAUGCUUCUGGAAUGGCAGGCUGAUUCCUUACACCACUGUAGCUGAGUUUGAGUGGUGUGCAUGCCCAAAGAAAGCAGGAUCCGUACCAGCAGAGUGCUACAAUCGGAUCUCGGGUGUUCUGUUCACCAAUGACUGCUUCCCUGUCAGCACCAACAAGCUCACCUUCAUGGACCUGGAACUGCAGCUGCGAGACAGGGAGACCAUCUUCACCCGGGUCAUCAAUGGCCAGGACCAGAGAGUUAAGAUUCAGAGGGAGUUCACCACUUGGAUGAAGGAAUGCCAUGAGCAGUAUGAUAAGCAGAUCAAGUUCACGGGAUUCCAUGGUGUGACCACCCGCUCAGACAUCAGCACCAAGAGGCACCAGUAUCCCUGGGCGCAGUUCAGCUCCAUCAAAUGGGAUGGCAAGACCUACAAAGUGGGCCAACAUGUGAAGUCUGUGAAGACUCUCCCCGUGAUUUUUGGCACCAUUAAGGAGUUCUUGCUGUAUGGAGACCAUGAGGGUGAUGUCUUUGCCACGGGGGGCUAUGUCCAAAUCGCCAUGCAACCAAAGGAGCUGUAUGAUGAAAUCCGAACCAUUCCUAUCUUCAAGAUUGACAGGCAGGCUACGGCAGCAUCUAUCAAGAAAAUCAUUGAAGAUGAAUUAGCCAAGCUACCCAUAGAGUUGAGGGUCACCUGGCCUGAAGGGAACCCAUGGUCUGACUACGCAACUAAGCCUGCUGGCACCCCGAUGGGUCCCAUCCAAGUGGAGAUUCUGAAUAAGAAGGGAGAGUCCAUCUCCAAGCUACCUGUAGCCAGCAACACUGCAGGGCGGAAGUUUCUCAUGGAGCUCAAAGUCAUUUGGCACUCCCCCAAAGGAGAUAUCCAAACAAAUUCUCACAUCGGGGUGUACUCUGCCAAAUGGGACUACUGGUUUAAAAAAAUGGAAAAUCUGAACAAGCUGGGGAAGUACACGCUCCAUCUGCAGACGGUACUUAAUGAGAACAACUCGAGCGUGUGGGCUGGCCAGCAACUGCCCCACUACACUCUCAACUUCACCUUAACAGAGGGUGAUGCGGAGACAUUUUCAGUAUGCGCCGUGUCCUCGCCUCUCCAGGUGGGGGCGCCCUUCUCUCUCUCGCUUGAGCUCAAAGAUGAAUUUGGGCACCCGGCCCGUCCCCCAUCCGACCUGAAGCCAAAACUGGAAUGCAGCACCCUGGCGGUGACUCAUGAGGGCACUGCCGUCAACGGAACGACUUUCACCAUCAAAGGUGUAAGAGCCAAAGGCUCAUUAAAAACCAAGGUUCACACAUUGAAGGUUGUAUUAGAAGGCCUCAAAUAUGACUCGCAGUCUGUGCAGAUCAGCAUGCUUCCGGGUCUCCCCCACACCCUGCGGGUUCUCCCAGAGGAGGAGCUGAUCACCGUGGAGAACAGAACAGCCGUGAGCUUCAAAGUGGAGGUUCUGGACGAGUCCGAGAACAUCACCACACACUCCAAACUCAUCGUGCGCUGCCAGUUUGCUGGCGUGCCGGAGGUGCCACUGGAGGCGGUGGACUGCAGCAACACAGGGGCGGGGACGCUGCUGGGGAAACCCCUCCAGCUGAACAUCAAGACUGAGCAGGUCAUCACGGCAGAGUUUGACCUCCCUAAUCACAAAGGAGUGGCGUGUGUGCAGCGGAAGCUGUGCGUGCUCCCCAGCCGCAGCGUGACCCGUGUGGAGGUGUUCCGGGUGGAGGCGCAGGGCGACACUCCGAUGGUCAUCAGGAAUCUGGAGCGCAUCGACUGGACCGCCGGCGACACCCUGGGAAGCCUCUUCUACAAGCUGUAUGACGAGGGAGAGCGAGAAAUUCCCAUCAACCCAGAGCUCGCUCAAAAAAUGAAGGUGAACUGGAGUGCCAACUUGAAGAGUGCAGACGUGGCGAAGGGGCGUCUGCCCUCGGUGUGUGUGCCCACUCUGGCGCAGGGCGAGCAGUUCUACCAGGUGGCGUUCCAGGGCCAGCCCUCGGUGGAGACCUCCUUCAUCAUCGUGCCUCGCCCCGAUGAGCCAGAUUGCCUGAAGGUGACACUGAGAGAGACGUCCGUCCGACUAGGAGAGCUGCUGGCAGGCAACAUCAAUUUAGAGCUCACGGAUCAGUAUGGCAACAAGACAGAUGCUUUGACUGCAGAAUCGGUCAAAACUAUCAGUGUGUCUGCCGAUGGACUGGACGAAUCCUCCAUUGUCAUUAAGUGGCAGGCGGUCACACAGUCUGUGUGUGUGCGAGGCCUGCGCUUCAUUGAUUGCCCUCCUGGACAGAAAGAGGUGCGCUUUGCGUGGCAGCGCUACGAGGAGUUUGUUCGCGUCCGAGUCAACGCUGGACGUCCAGCCAAGAUCACCAUCCAGGACGGCCCAGAAAUGCCCCUGCAGGUGCUGAACGGUCAUGGUGUGGACACGCCGUUUGUCCUCCAGCUCUGUGAUGACUGGGACAACCCCUCCCCUGACCAGCGCGUCGUCAUAACGGUCAAGGAGCUGUCGCCGCAACUGAAGGUUAAGGCAUCGGUGAUGUCGCAACCGGUAGACUCGGAGGGGAAGGCCAGCUUCACACUGACGCAGGUCACAGCACCAAAGGGGGAGUAUCAGAUGGAGUUCAGGGGCAGCAUGAGCACCAGCACUAUAUCAGGUGCAGUGGUGCUGCUGAAUGUGAUGCCAGAUCCCUGCAGGCCAGUUGAGCUAAUGGUGGACUAUGACACCAGUGAACUGUUUCAUGCGGGUGGGACUUUUCCAGUGUUUACAGUGACCGUGGUGUCUGAAGAUGGAGGAGCGGUGAGGAACACAAACCCAGCCGGUGUGUCCAUGCUGCUGUGGAAGGGUCCGCCCGCUGGUCUGCAUCCUCCACCUGAGGCAUCAACCCUGAAGUGUGGGAAACCUAAGAAGAGCGAAAAGCAGGAGUGCCUGUAUUUCAGAGAUAAGGUUAUUCCAGAGCAUGUGGGCAAAUACACUGUCCAGUUUGCCCUCUCUGUAGACAAGACCAACACAAUUUGGAGUAAACAGCACAUCGUAACCGUGGUUCCCAGCAAGGCUGUUAAGCUGGUCCCUGAAAUCCCGCCUCCCACCCCUGUGGUCUCCAAUAACAACGACCCGGCCAAUCGGACGCUAGUGGAGAGUCUGUGGCUGAAGAUCAUGGAUGAGUAUAAUAACCCAGCAGGGGAAGGCUGUAGUGGGAAGGUGUGUGUCUCGCUGAAGAAUCCAGCAGGCGGUAGCCAGAGAGACCUACCUCUGUUUGAGGGCAAAGCCUCCACUGCCACCUACCAGCUGACAAAUGGGGAGGCCCAUAUUGAAAACCUGGCUCUGGCGGAGAACAGUCCUGGUCGUGACGGAAACGAGUACAUUUUAAUCUUCAAGGCAGACAUUCUUGAGCUGACACCCUUUGAGCUUCCCUUCAGAUUUUACAACGAUGUGGAGAAUCAGAGGCAGAUGUCAGCACUGACUAAGAAAAAGGACCGCCUAUCCAUCUCCAUUGACGUUUACCGCAGUCUGUUUGACACCAACCACCAGCUCAUCUCGGAACUAAAGGGUCAGGUUCAACUUGCUGAAAACAAAGAAAAGCAGCUUAAAUCUGAAAUCCAAAAAAGCGGCCUUGGAAGCACAUUUAGCACUAUUUCUGCGAUUGACGAUCUGAUCAGUCAGAAGAGGGCGGAGAUGGAACGCAUCCUGAAGCAACCCCGGCGUAAAUGCGACAUCAACGACCCCUUCAAAACAAGCCCUGAUGUCUUGGGAAAGGUAGCCCACCUGGCCAAGGUGGAGGAGGACGAUGCUGCCAAGGUCAUCUCCUGGCAUCUCCUAGGUGACAUGGACUGUGUGGUCACUGUGACGACAGUAGCAGCGCGAAAGAUCUAUGAUGACACACAAGGUCGACAACAGGUCAUGCCGCUGGAGACGGUGUUCUGGAAAACUUCUGCUAGGCCGUUGCCCCACAUCAGAAAUGGCAUGAAUACUUUCCACCCAGUGGGAAAUCCUGUUUUCGCCCGAGACUUGCUCAUCUUCCCGCAGUACGGCGAUAAAUGCCAGAUGGUCUUUGGAAGCCUGCUGGGGGACACGAUCCUUAUUGAUGACCUUGACUCUGCCAACCAUUAUCGGAAGGGGGUGGUGCAGGGCAAGAGUCAGUGUCCCACCCUGUUGACACGGCAAGGGGACCGCAUCCGCAGCAACGGGAAGUUUGGCGGCCUGCAGAACAAAGCUCCUCCCAUCGAGAAGCUGAGGGGUCAUGUGUUCGCAGCCCCCCUCCCCAGGGAGUACUUCUCAGCCCAACGCCACGUGGAGCUGCUGCAGCAGUACCGCGUCACGCUGGAGAAGUGCCAGGCGGUGAAGGAGGACUACGACGCCCACGUGGAGUACCUGCAGAGCCCCGAGAUGAGGCAGAAGGAGCGCGAGCUCAAGGAGCAAAGGAAAGAGCUCCAGGACAUCGAGAAGAAACUCGCGAGCACUCCUGUCCGUGCGCCGCUUAGUUCUGCUGUGAAACGGGCCCAACGGGAAUCGGAAGGAGAACCUUCUAGAGCCCCGUCCAAGAGAGCGCGUCUCAAGCCCUGCAGACUGCUCGAUUGAAGCGGACACUCUGUGGAAGCUCAGAAGAAUAUGAAGUGUUUAAAAAGGAAGCUGCGGAAGCUCAAAAGAAUAUUAAGUGUUUAAAAAGCAUGAUUUGUAUGCUCAGUUCCUAAAAACUGAUUUUAUUUGUUUCUAUUAGUUUGCUAUCAUAUUGUAUUUAAUUUUUAUUUUUAUGAAGUAUUUGUUAGUUCUUUCUGAGAAAGACAUUUACCUUGCUUUACUUAUUACUGCUCGAAUUUAUAUGAUUCACAGACACAAAAAUAUGUUGUAAUAUUAUCGAUAGAAAACCUGAAAUACCUGGACUGAACCCUGUUUUUUUCUGUGAUCAACAGUAAUAAAGGGAGAAUUUGUAUGUUUUCAAAA